CAGACAGCAGGGCUGUGCAGGCGGAGCGGGGACGGGAGGGCAGUACCGUGGUUGUAACGUCCACGGAUCAACUCCCGGCACUGGAGAUAACGAACUGCUGGAGAGGCGGCGAUCAGAGGAAGGCAGCGACACUCGGCUGCAUCUGUACCGCCGGCGUCCAGAGCAAGGAGAGCAGAGAUACAUCUGGUAACAUUUUGUAACAAGACCAUUGUUCACACAGCCCCGACUCCUGGGUUCCCCGGUGACAGAAGCAGAGCGACCUGAGCUGAGCGCGGGCAAGACACAGCGCCGGAGCCGUGUGGGCAGGACGGAGGGAAGCGGCUGCAAACACCAAAGAGCCGGAGGCGUGGGGAGAAACAGUGCGUUUGCACCGCCGAUUCAUCAUGGGGCACCCGCCGCUGGAAUUCAGCGACUGCUCCCUGGACAGCCCGGAUUUCAGGGAGCGCCUCAAGUCUUACGAGCAGGAGCUGGAGAGGACGAAUAAGUUCAUUAAGGAAGUGAUCAAAGACGGGAACUCGCUAAUCAAUGCCAUCCGGAAUUACUCCUCGGCUGUGACAAAGUUUUCCCAGAGCCUACAUGCAUUUCAGUUUGAGUUCAUUGGCGAUACGUUAACAGACGAUGAGAUGAACAUCGCUGAAUCCUUCAAGGAGUUUGCAGGGCUGUUGCAAGAGGUCGAAGAGGAAAGAGUAAUGAUGAUUCAGAAUUCCAGCAACUUCCUAAUUAAACCAUUGGAGAUCUUUAAAAGAGACCAUAUUGGAGUUGCAAAGGACAAAAAGAAAAAGUUUGAAAAAGAAAGUGAGAAGUUCUACUCUGUGCUUGACCGACAUCUUAGCCUCUCCUCAAAGAAGAAGGAAUCCCAUCUCCAAGAGGCUGAUAAUCAGGUUGAUAAGGAGAGGCAGAACUUCUAUGAAGCAUCUUUAGAGUACGUUUACAAAAUUCAAGAGGUUCAUGAGAGAAAGAAGUUCGAGGUGGUGGAGCCAGUUCUGGCAUUUCUACAUAGUCUGCUCACUUUUCAACAUUUGACCUUUGAACUGACUCAGGAUUUCUUGCCCUAUAAACAACAGCUUCAGCUAAGCCUGCAACAUACGAGGAAUCACUUCAUGGGCACUCGAGAAGAGAUGGAGGACCUUAUGAAAAGAAUGAAAGAGGCUCCACAGACCUGCAAGUUACCAGGACAACCUACCAUCGAAGGCUACCUGUUCUUUCAGGAGAAACGGGCUCUCGGAUUUUCCUGGGUGAAAUACUAUUGCAAGUACGUGAAAGAUACCAAAACUCUAACCAUGAUAUCCUGUGAUCCAAAGCCUGGGGUUAAGCAAGAAUAUAAGCUGAAGUCCUGCAUUCGGAGGAAAACCGAAUCCAUUGACAAGCGGUUCUGCUUUGACAUCGAGUUGCUUGAAAGGCAAGGCCCUGUCACACUGCAGGCACUAUCGGAAGCCAACAGGAGGUUAUGGAUUGAAGCAAUGGAUGGCAAGGAGCCGAUCUAUAUCACUCCAAAUGCAAAACCAGAAGAAAUGCAAUUGAGUGAGCUUGGCUUGAAGUUUGUGAGGAGAUGCAUUAACGCUGUGGAGUCCAAAGGGAUCACCACAGAGGGUGUAUACAGAACAGUUGGCGGCAGCUUCCAAGUACAGAAACUACUAACUCAGUAUUUCGAUCCAAAUCAUCCCGGUGAUGUUGACCUGCAGAGCGAAGAAUGGGACAUGAAGACAAUCACCAGUGCGCUGAAGCACUAUCUCAGGAAUCUUGAAGAGCCAGUGAUGACUUACAAGCUGCAUAAAGAACUCCUCACUGCAUCCAAGUCAGACAACCUGGAUUAUCGGCUGGGAGCUAUUCACUCCUUGGUGUACAAGCUACCUGAGAAAAAUCGAGAAAUACUUGAACUCAUAAUUAGACAUCUAGUGAAUGUCUGUAGUCACAGUAAGGAGAACCUGAUGACUGCCUCCAACUUGGGUGUGAUAUUUGGGCCAACAUUAAUGAGACCUCAGGAAGACACAGUCGCCGCCAUGAUGAACAUCAAGUUUCAGAACAUCGUUGUGGAAAUCCUGAUCGAGCAUUAUGAAAAGAUAUUCCAGUCCCCACCAGAGGACAACGCUGCCCCUCCAAUACCCCCACCUCGAGCUGCUCCGCGGAAACGUCAGCCAAUCACCAUCUCCAAGCGGCCCGCCCGCCACCGGCCCAGUUUCAGCGUGUCCGCUUCAGUGGAUAUGGAAGUUGGUGCAGGGAACACAAACCAAAAUGCCAAUGGCGGCAAUGAGAUGCUACUGGGCGGUUUGGGCGCCCCCCCAAGCCCCAUCCCACUGCAGCGGACAACAAAGUCAAACCUGGGCACUCUGCGAGUGGCAGAAAUGGAGCCUCCUACUCGGCAAGCUGCGGGCAACCAAAACCCGGAUUCGGACAUGGGGAAACUUGCACCAAAAUUGAAAGAUGGAAACCCGAGGCCAGCGACAAAGACUGUAAAUGGGGCACUUUUGCCAGACCAGGGCUCUGGCAAUGUCUCUCGAAAACCAUCCUUUCAAUCAAAGCUACUUCCUUCCAAAAUGUUUUACACUGAGGAUGGUGACUAUAGUAAUGUUAUAUCUCGAGCCCACCAGGAGAAAAGCCCUUCAGUCCUGCAGCGCCCUCCCAUGAGACCACCAGACCCUCCCUGUCGGGACAAGAUCCCUCCGCCUGUGAAAGCAGAGCCACCCAGUAGCAUGGAGGACACUCCGCCUUCAGUGGUUGCUUCCAGAGCCAAGUUUUUUGAAAAGGCUGCUAGAGUAUCAGGCAGUGCAAAUGCUUCUCCACCGCUGACUCCUCCUGUGGCCCGCAAAAUUACUGCGAAAGAUGAGACAUCAUGAAAGGAAAGCACGAUUGGUUUCAGGGAAGCUGCUGGAUCGGAACUGGAACGAUUAUUUUUGUGAACUGCCUUGAGCUUAUCAAGAUUUCAUCUGGAACACCAAAGAUCCUCCAGAUCAUCCAAAUGGAUUGUGUCCAGGAAUUGUUCCAUCCCGCCAACAUCCGAGGAAAUGUAGUUAUUGACUGCUUUGAGUGGUAUUGUCCUUGAGCUAAAUGUUGAAUAUCUUUCUCUUCAAUGCAUUCUGAUGCUACAUUUUAUUGUAUGAUCUGUCGCCUUCUUGAAUAAUUAAUUCCUGUUUGUGUGAGAUCAGCUGUGUAUUUUAUCAAGUGUUAAAGUACUACUGGCAAUUCAUGCAAACUUUAUUAAAUGUGCAAUGUAUUUACAUAAAAACCCUGCAAAAUGUGGGGUCUAGUUUUGGGAAGAUUUUGCUUGACCAUCAGUCUAAAUAGAGUAAAUAUAAGAAAAGGUGUUUCAACCAUGUAUUUAAAAAUGCAUACAUUCUGAUUUUUAUGACUGGUGAAGGACAGCUUACUUUGGUAGUGUUAUCAGUGAAAGUAAUUUGUACAUGCUGCAGGGUAGAUUGGGAGGAAUUAUUCUAAAGAAAGCCGUGCUCUUAUUCAGAGUGCGUCAGGCAGUAAUUCUUGUCCUAUGAUAUCAAAGGCUUACUGUGAUUUAUUGCCCUUCAUGAGAGCUGGGACACUGUGACAUUUGAUGCCCUGGGUUUGGAACCUACUCCUGGCCCGGCUGACUGUGCUCGAAAGAAUGGUUGACCCCAGUUGGGACCCAGUGAAGAUGAACAAUGUCCAGCAAAUCAGCACAGAAGCCAUCAUCUCAGCACAUAUCUGGAUGUGUCCUAUAAUCCUAUCCAUCACAUUAUGGUGGAUAAUGAAUUUUUAUCUAAUUAUUUACUUUGUUUAAUUAGUAUUUUUUAAGUAAUUUUAUUUUUAAGAAAAUACACAUUGAUUGCAUUCCAUUCAAAUAAGUUGGCAGUUGGACAUUCUCCUUAUCGGCCUUUGAUUUUGUGUUAGGAAGCUGAGUGCCAUAAAUCAUUAGACAAUGCAAAGCUCCCAAACAGAGGGAGGAGGAAUCCUCAGUCCAAAUGUGCAUAACAAUCGACUCCUCAUCUGCCAGCAUCUGGCAAUAGUAAGGAGACACAAAGUUACUGGAAAUAGAUGGACUGAUCAAACUGAAUAUAUAUUCUUUACCAAUUGGGAUGAUUUAUAUGAUUGGGGAAGAUCAAAAGGAAUGAUUCUAACAAAGUUCAAUGUAAAUUUAUUAUCAAAGUACAAAUAUGUCACCAUAUACAACCCUAAGAUUCAUUUUCCUGCAGACAUACUCAAUAAAUCCAUAACAGAAUAAUUGAAUCUGUGAAAGACCACACCAGACAGUGUGCAAAAGACAACACACUGUGCAAAUACAAAAAUAAAGAAAUAGUAAUAAAUAAAUAAGCAAUAAAGUAAAUUUAUUAUGAAAGUACGUAUAUAUAAAACCCUCAGAUUCGUUUUCUUGCGGGCAUACUCAGUAAAGACCACACCCAACAGAGGGAACAAACAUUGCACAAAAGACAACUAACUGUGCAAAUACAAAAGAGAAAGAAAAGAAAUAGGAAUAAAAUACAGGCAAUAAAUGUCGAGAACAUGAAAUGAAGAGUCCUUGAAAAUGAGUCCAUAGGUUGUGGGAACAGGUCAGGGAUGGGGCAAGUGAAGUGAAGUUAUCCCUUCUGGUUCGGAGCUUGAUGGUUGAGGGGUAAUAACUGUUCCUGAACCUGAUGAUGUGAGUCUUGAGGCUGCUGUACCUUUUUCCUGAUGGCAGCAGUGAGAAGACAGCAUGACCAGGCUGGUGAGGGUCCCUGAUGAUGGUUGCUGCUUUCCUGCAACAGCUGCCUCAUGUAGAUGCACUUGAUGGUGGGGAGGCCUUUACCCGAGAUGGACUGGACUGUAUCCAUUACUUUUUGUUGGAUUUUCCAUUCAAGGGCAUUGGUGUUUCCAUAUCAGUCUGUGAUGCAACCAGUCAAUAUACUCUCCACCUCACAUCUAUAGAAGUUUGUCAAAGUUUUAGAUGUCGUGCCAAAUCUUUGCAAACUUCGAAAGAAGUAGAGGCAUUGCCAUGUUUUUGUUGUAAUUGCACUUGUAUGCUGGGCCCAGGACAGGUCUUCCGAAAUGAUAACACCGAGGAAUUUAAAGUUGCUGAUAGGUGUUGAACCUGAGUGUUUUUGAUUCUGUUAUAAGAGACAGAGGUUGGAAAGUUUUCAUUCCCCAGUUUUGACACUCUGGCUAACACGCCGACUGAGAAUAAAAUUUCGCCAAGAAAGGAUGAAGCCAAAAACUAAUUAAAAACAGCUGUUCUUUAUAGAGUUUCCUUCAUAUGCAGAGAUUGAUGGCUUUUUUUUUAAAAGAAAAUGCUUUAGCUGUGCACAUUACAGAUAUCUGUAAGAAAACAGUCUUGUAAAUCUUAGUUAAUUUGUAAAUUAAAUUGCAAUUAAAUUAUUGGGCAGCUGGCAUAACUGGUUGAAGAACUGUGUAUGUGUUGCUUCUUUGCUAAUUUAACAUUCCAUUGAUUGCUGUUUAAAUUGCCCUUUUAGUACCAUGUUGGGAAAAUGAGUAUUUAUU